UACCUUGGUCUUUUUUGUUUGCUACAGAUAGACUAGUGGAAUGCACUGCUUUAAAGAGAGCUAUCGAAAUUGUUUAUGCUGCUACCUUACCAAAAGCUUCAAAACCUUUCAUAUACAUGUCAAUAGUUUUGCCACCUGAACAUGUUGAUGUGAAUGUGCAUCCUACAAAGAGAGAGGUAAGCCUUCUGAACCAGGAAUUCAUUAUUAACACGAUACAAUCUGCUGUUGAAUCAAAAUUGAGGAACUCAAACGAGGCCAGGACAUUUCAAGAACAGACGUUGGAUUCAUCUCCAAGUGUUCCUUUAAGUGCAAAAAAGGAUUCAAAUGUUAACCCCUCACCCUCGCCUUAUGGGUCCAAAUCACAAAAAGUUCCAGUGAAUAAAAUGGUAAGAACUGAUGCAUCAGAUCCUGCUGGAAGGCUGCAUGCCUAUUUGCAAGCCAGGCCUGUUGAUAAUCUUGAAGGGAAUUCUAGCUUGGCAGCUGUGAGGUCUUCAGUUAGACAAAGAAGAAACCCCAAGGAAAGUGCAGAUAUUUCUUCUGUUCAGGAGCUUGUUAAUGAUAUUGAUGGAAACUGUCAUUCAGGUCUGCUGGAUAUUGUCAGAAACUGCACAUAUAUUGGAAUGGCAGAUGAUGUUUUUGCAUUGCUUCAGUAUAAAACGCAGCUGUAUCUUGCAAAUGUAGUGAACUUAAGCAAAGAGCUCAUGUACCAGCAAGUUCUACGACGAUUUGCUCAUUUCAAUGCCAUACAACUGAGUGAUCCAGCCCCUCUUAGAUUGCUCAUUAUGUUGGCAUUGAAGGAAGAAGACUUGGAUCUAGAAUCCAACGAAAAUGAAGACCUGAGAGAGAAGAUUGCAGAAAUGAACACUGAACUGCUAAAGGAUAAGGCAGAACUGCUAGAGGAGUAUUUCUGCAUAUACAUUGACUCACGUGGGAAUUUGUCUCGGCUUCCUGUCAUACUUGACCAAUAUACACCUGACAUGGAUCGGAUUCCUGAAUUUGUACUUAGUUUGGGAAAUGAUGUUGAUUGGGAGGAUGAAAAGAAUUGCUUUCAAACAAUUGCAGCUGCUGUUGGGAACUUCUAUGCCAUGCAUCCUCCUCUAUUGCCCAGUCCCUCAGGUGAUGGUUUACAAUUUUACAGAAGGAAACCUGAAAAGAAUCCCGAUGAUAAAGAAAAAGCAACUGACAUAGAUGUUGAAAUGGAGGAUGAACUUGAGCAUGAAUUGCUGUCCGAGGCAGAAACUGCAUGGGCCCAGCGUGAAUGGUCAAUACAGCAUGUAUUGUUUCCUUCCAUGAGACUCUUUUUAAAGCCACCAGCUUCAAUGGCUACAAAUGGGACAUUUGUUCAGGUAGCUUCAUUGGAGAAGCUUUACAAGAUAUUUGAGAGAUGCUAAAUAAAUUCACUUCAGACUUACUUGUCGACAGAAUCCCGAACAGACAGGAGCUGUUCUUUUGUUGCUGGACUACAAGGUACACUGGCGAAUCUUGGUGGACCGGUUCUAUCUUUUUGUAUAUGAUGUCUAUGAUCUGUAGAAAAAAAGAAUCCUGGAGAUUUUGCAUGUUGCACGUGGAUCAACUAAUGGUAUUAUGUGUUGUAAAGAAAGAAUUUUGUAAUGAAUCCACCAAAAUAUGGUCUCUCCCAGACCUGUUGGCUGAA